GGCGCGCAGGCCCAGCGCGGGGAAACGCGCGACACCGCCGCGCCCCCGCACGAACUACGGCUCCCGGCAGCCCCCGCGGCUCCGGAAGGCCCUGAGCCCCUUUCCCUCGGCUGGAGGCGGCUCUGUGCGGGGACGUAGUGCCACCAUGAUCCUGCGGCAGAUCUUGCGGCUUUCCUCCCUUUUCAACUCCGCCGUGUCCGUUCACCUGCGCAGGAACAUUGGGCUCUCUGCCAUUGCUUUCAACAAGACAAAAGAGCUCGACCCCGUCCAGAAGCUUUUCGUGGACAAGAUCAGAGAGUACAACACCAAGAGCAAGCAAGCUGGAGGGCCUGUUGAUGCAGGACCUGAGUUUCAAAAAGAUAUGAAUGAAUCCCUUGCAAGACUCCAACGGGCCUAUGGUGAAGGAGAUCUCACCAAGUUUCCAGAAUUUAAAUUUGAGGAGCCCAAGUUUGAGGAGACUCCAAAGUGAUCUCUGCAGCUUGUACACCAAACAGCAAUGUACAACCAUGGAGUUACUGGACAUGGCACCAAUUGUAAUUUAAUAAAUGUAGUACUUCAGUUUGA